AUGGGGUCCGCGCCGUCCAAGACAACCCAGGCUGAGCAGUGCGAGUCGGAGAAGGCGACAUACGUUACCCGCGAGCUCGCGGAGUCCCUCGCGAAGCUCGACCUCUCUGCACCGCUCUCGGUCGAUGGCUCGCUCUCGCUCUCCAACGUGGACGCGUGGGAGGACGACGUGACGCAGUCCCCCAAGCUCCAGCUCGCACGCACGAUCCUCAACCACACCAACAUCCGCGAGACGCUCACUUCGCGCAGCUCGUACAUCGCGGACGCGCAUGUGUUCAACACCGAGCUGGAGUUCAAGACCUCCCCGAUCACGAACCAGAAGAGCUCCGGCCGGUGCUGGCUCUUCGCGACCACCAACGUGCUGCGGUACAACAUUAUGAAGAAGCUCAACUUGUCAGAAUUCCAGCUCUCGCAGUCAUACCUAUUCUUCUGGGACAAGCUGAACAAGUCGAACUACUACCUGGAGCUCGCCAUCCAGCACGCGGACCUCCCAGUCGACGACCGUCUCGUCUACUAUCUCGCCGACGAGCUCAUCAGCGACGGCGGCCAAUGGGACAUGGCCGUCAACCUGCUCGAGACAUACGGCGUGAUCCCGCAGCCGCUCUACCCCGAGUCGCUGCACUCCUCGCUCUCGAGCCCAGUGAACACGCUGCUCAAGACGAAGCUGCGCGAGCACGCGCUCAUCCUGCGCGACCUCUCCGCCUCGUUGCGCGCGGACCCCGCGAUUAGCGCGGACGCGGCGCUGCGUGCGCUCCGCUCGAAGAAGGAGGCGCUCCUGAAGGAGGUGUAUGUCGUGAUGAGCGCGACGCUCGGCGUGCCGCCGCGCCCGGACGAGAAGCAGACGUGGGACUACUACGACAAGGAUGGGAAGCCGGGCUCGUGGACGGGCACGCCGCGCGAGUUCUACAAGGCGUUUGCGUACGACAAGUACUCUCCCGCGGACUCGUUCUCGUUGAUCAACGAUCCGCGCAACGAGUACGGCAAGCUCUACACCGUCGACAAACUCGGCAACAUCUGGGGCGGACGGCCCGUACUCUACGUGAACACCGAGAUUGAGAACUUGAAGCAGGCCGUAGUGAAGCAGCUCAAGGCCGGACAGCCCGUCUUCUUCGGAUGCGAUGUCGGCCAGUUCUCCGACCGCAACGCAGGCGUCAUGGACACCGCGCUCUUCGAGUAUGAGGCGGCCUUCGACAUCAAGUUCGGGCUCACAAAGGCAGACCGGCUGCACACGAGCGAGUCCUCAAUGACGCACGCGAUGGUGAUCUCGGGCGUGCACCUCGACGCGGCGGGGCGGCCCGCGCGCUACAAGGUCGAGAACUCGUGGGGCGACGUCCCGGGCGACCGCGGGUACUUCGUUAUGAGCGACGCGUGGUUCGAGCAGUUCGUGUACCAGGUCGUCGUGCCCAAGGCGCUCGCGCCGAAGGACCUCGUCGCCGUGUUCGACAAGGGCGAGGCGCAGACGCUUCCGCCGUGGGACCCUAUGGGCUCGUUGGCUUGAGUGUUUCGGCGAAUGCAUGUUUGGAUGUUUCGGGACACUGCCUAUCUACUUGCUUUGUGUUUGUGCAAUGUUGUAUUGUAGCUGAGAGGGGAUGCUGGGACAAAUGCGUUGGAGACAAUGGAUUGACAAUUCUACAC